CCCGUUUUACCCGACCUGUUUGGCCUAUUUUGGGGCGGGUCCAACCCGUCCCAUAGGCGGGGUGGGAAGGGCAUGGGUAAUUUCAUCGACCCGACCUGCCUUGACUCGCCCCAUUCUCGACCGUUCUUGCCUAAACUACAUGUAAUCUUAGUCAAAUUACAUAUAAAUUUUCUUUUAUUACAUCAUAUUUUAGCUAUAAUAAAAUUAUAAAUUAGUGAAAACCUCAAUUUCUCUAAUAAUUUUACUACAUUUAUCAUUAUAUUGUUUGUUUUCUUGGUCUUAUAAUAAAAAUAACGAAUAUUUCUAAUUUUUUCAUAUAAAUUUCAGACCCAUUGGGUCGACCUGUCCCGACCCGCGACACGGGAUAAAUUACCCGACCUGUCACGGGGUGGGUCUGGGUACCAAGAAACCCGCCUCGGUCCUGCCCCAUUGCCAUUCCUACUGGUCGUCUAAAGUUUGACAAAAUCGGAAAAAAGCUCGUUCGCGGUAGCGAACAACAUUUUUUGGGACGAAGGCGGGACCAAUGACGGUUUGCGGCUUGCAAGAUCUCGAAAAGUAAUGCGGAAUAAAAAAAUAUCGCUACGAUCGGAUACCCGUACAAAAAGAUACGUUCGUUUGAAGUUUUCACCUAUAUUAGAAUUUAUAGAAAAAAUAUAUAUAUGGAUCAAACCGCUGGGUUGGGCAACGAUUUUGGACUAAAUCGCCCCUGAACCAAGCGGUCUACCAAACCUCCCCAGACCCAGCGGUUUUUUUAGAAAGUGUUCUAUUUUAGAAUUUUUUGGGACUGGGUGCUAUUUUUGUAAAAAAAAAUAGUAUCCUUUCUGGGAAAAAUCUAUAAACGGAUGGCUAACAGUCUGUUACCGUUGCUAACUUUGUAAUUGAAAAGACCACGUCAAUAGCCACAUCACCUUCCACAUCAGGUUAAUUUUUAUUUAUAAUUUUUAAACAUAAAAAAUAAAAAUGAAAACAAAAUGAAGGGUUAAACUCUUGAUCGCCGACGUUUCAUCACCUUUCCCAAUCCCUCUCUCCCCUUCUUCAGACCGCCGACGUUGCAAUCUCCAAAUAACGACUCUCUGGCUUAAUUGUACACUUUUUGCCCAUAUUUCCUUAGUCGUUUGAGGCAUUUAUACUCCGGGAGUUUGGUUUUACAAUGGGUUUUGUCUCGUUUUUGUGUAUUUCAAUCUAUAGCAGGUGGAACUGAUAGACAAUUAAUUGCACAUGUUUAUAGGGGUGGCAGUUUGGUUGUCGGUUAGCGGCUAACCGGUCGGUUUGACCGAUAACCGUCGAUUAGCGGCUAACCAAAAACCGCCCUUUACUUGUAGCGGUCGGUUGCCGGAAGGGCUGAGGGGUGCUUCGGUUAGCCGACUAACCGGAAAGCGGUUACGCGGCUAACCGAAGGUAACCGACCUCUGCGCCUACUGCUCCAAACGACCCCGCUUCCAUUCCCAGAACCCCUCCCCCAACACAAACGAAACCUAACCCCUCCCCGCCUCUGCUUCCUUCAUCUCCACCAUCGUCGUCGAGAGCAGGCUGGUCGACACUCCGAGCCGUUUCCUUGUCCUCGUUCGCCACCACCAUCGUCGUCGGCGCUCAAAUCUCUCUUCCUCCUUCUCCUCUGUUCUCUCUACGAAACGAACCAGAGACCCAAAAACCAUUCCUUCCCUCUCCGCCAUGCCUUCUGAAAUCAGAAACCCUGCUCCCUCGAUUUACUUUCUUCUUCUUUCCGAGAAACAAGAGGGAAAAAUCACUUCCCAUGAUCCCAUCUAUCGUUCCACUUUGGAAUCAGACAAGAUCCCAGCCUAUAAUACGCCGUUGGAGUGCUGGCCAGCCUCCAAAUCGAUUGUAAGUGGCGGAUUAUGGUUUUGCAUGUUUGAUUUUCUGGAUUUUUGCUGGGAUUUUGACCCCUUUUCUGGGUUUUUGGUUGACCCUUCUCAACCAGCGACACCGCCUGUUCCGCCAUCGUCGUUUCUUCCCCGCGAGUCCGCAACACCGAUUGCUCCGCCGUCGCCGCUUUCUCCCGGCAACAGCGCCACUUUGCGGCGAAUGUGGAAGACGUUGAGGGUUAUGGAGAUCUUGUCAAUUUUCUGCUGCGGCGUGGUACGGGAGGUGGCGUAGUGGACGAUUGCCUGGAGCUGGGCAGGCGUGGAGGCGUACUCGGCGGCGGCGGGUUUCUCUGGAAAGGAAGAAGAGAAUCGAGAGAGAGUAGGGAGAGAGAUAGGUUAGCGGCGGGUUUUCUCUGGAAAGGAAGAAGAAGAAUCGAGAAGUGAGAGGGGUUAGGAGUGAGUGGUGCAGAAUUUUUGUUUUUCUUAAUUUUUGUUUUUUUUAGAAAACGUAGUUUUCCAAUUGAUCGGCUAACCGAGCCUAAAACCAAAACCGACCGGUCGGUUGGCCGGCUAACCGUGAAACACCUCACGGUCGGUGGUCGGCAGCUAUAAGGGGUGGGUCGGUUUAACCAAUAACCGGGUUGACGGUUAAACCGAAACCGACCGACUGCCACCCCUACAUGUUUAUACCUCAAUUCUUGAGCCGUUUGAGAGUCGAUUCUCGUGUUUUAAGUCGAUUUCACGCUAGGUUGUGCGUUUAUGUCAUAUUUCAGGACUUGGCAUUGAUAUGGAGGGGUAGAAACGAGUUUCGGGUCAAAAAGUAGGACGUUAUUGUGAAGGGGCAUUGGAAGAAGAAAAUACCCUGUCAGGAGUUAAAAUACCCGACCGGGUAAAAUGCAAGAAGGGUGAUGGAGGCAAAAAUACCCGGUCGGCACUGGAAAUACCCGACCGGGUAAAGACGUUUUGGACGCCAGAAUUACAUAAGGGGUCCCGGUCGGAAAGCUAAAGUACCCGAUCGGGUAUUCUGAAACUCAAUCGGGCAUUUCCCUUUCCCCACUACGCAACAUUUCAAAAUACCCGGCCGGGCAGCUGAAACCUGACCGGGUAUUAUGACCGGGGAUCGCGAUCGGAUCCUUUUUUAGGGAAAGAAGGCCAAUUUUACAAGGGUUCCGAGUUUUAGAGAAAGAAAGCAGAACCUAGAGAGAGAGAGUGACUAACCAGAUUCUCCCGUUAGAGCCUCAAUCUGUUUACUCUGGUGGAGGUUAGUCGCCCGCUGGGGACUCAGACUAAGAGGGUCUGGAGACCUUUAGUCGAGACUGCAGACUGUCUAAGAACCUCCCGCUGUAUAACUAUCAUUGAACUUGAACUUGGUGAAUUACAACCUGGCUUAACUGCAGUCUAGGGGGAACCAUAUCUGGGUGACCUCUCUCAACUUUGAACACAACUUUCACUACUUUUGCUUGCUAGUUUAGUUAGACCUUCACUACACUUGAACCGCUAAAUAAUAAGACUUUCACGGA